GCAGAUGGCCAGCCCGUGGUGAUCCUUCUAGGUUGGGCAGGCUGCCAGGAUAAAUAUCUGGCCAAAUACAGUGCAAUCUACAGUCAGAAGGGCUGCACCGUCAUCCGCUACUCAGCUCCAUGGAGGAUGAUCUUCUUCUCUGAGAGCUUUGGAAUCAGAUCCCUCCAGACCCCAGCCAGGCGGCUCCUGGAGCUGCUUUUUGACUACAGCAUUGAAGACAGACCAGUUCUUUUCCACGUGUUCAGCAACGGCGGGGUCAUGCUGUACCGCUACGUACUUGAGGCUCUCCACACUCACAAGCCGUUUCAGAACCUCAAAGUAGCAGGCACCAUUUUCGACAGCGCCCCUGGCAGAAGAAACCUGAGAGGAGCCCUGCGUGCCUUGGCGACCAUCCUGGCGUCCACCAACGUGCUGCUCAAGUAUUUCCUGCUGGUGGCGUUUGCCACGGCGGCCGUGGUGCUGCGCAUCGCCCUGUACCCGCUGACGCGCUUCCUCCACGAGAACCACUACGACGUGCUGCUGCGGGCGCCCUCCCGCUGGCCCGAGCUCUACCUCUACUCCCAGGCUGAUGCCAUCAUCAAGGCCAGUGACGUGAAGCAGAUGGCUGAUGCCCGGCAGCAGCUCGGGGUCUCUGUGAAAGCUGUGGACUUCUUGGACUCCCCUCACGUCAGCCACAUGCGGGCCUAUCCCACCCAUUACUGCAACCUCUGCUCCGCUUUCCUCUCUGACUGUGUUGGGGGCUCAGCUCCCUAG